GCAGAGCGAUUACAAAUAGUAGGAGCUAGCAACGAGCAGUGUUCAGUUCAGUUUUGGUUGUCGAGUGCGCACGUUAAGAUGGUCUUAGAUCCAAGCACCAAAAUGCUUCUUACCAGCAAACAACCCAUCAAACCCAAGUCUUACUACCUGGUACCCAUAGUGCUGUUCUUCAUAUUAAUCGCGUUCUGUGCAUCAUCCAUCGUCUACACGGUUCUACGUAUUAACCAGAUCCAAACGGAACUGGACUCCGCAAAAGAACUCCUGGAUCUCAUCCAACCGUUCAUUUCCAUCCAUCAAAGGAGCACCGAGGAACCUCAGAUCUACGAGGAUCUAAUUCCCGACAAUCAAAUGUACGAAUAUUACAACGAUGACGACGAAAAUUAUAAUACCAGCGACGACUACGGCAGCAACAAAUUCAUGCAGAGAAAGAAGCGCAGCGUCGAGAUUAAAACUGAAGCAAGCAGCGAGGAAAAAUUAAACAGCGAUGCCAGCGAAGGUUCUUUGCCACCUAGAAAGAUCAGAUACAUGGAUGAUACACCUGACAUAACUUACAACGGCAGACAUGAGCACGUUAGUGAAACCAACCAUAGAUCCAGAAGCGGAAGGCUUAGGCAAAGACAGAAACAUCAGCACAUGGAAAUCUUUGAUGAUUCUUAUACCAGUACCCGAAUUGUCAGAGGAAGACUUGUUGCCGCUCAUUUCAACGGGAAUUCGUCGAGGUACAUCGUUGGCCAGCAUACAAACUAUAACGGUAAUGGUCAUUUGAAACACACCGAGCAGAGGUACAUUGACUGGGUCCCAAGCGAAUGGGUUCAAUCAUUGGGAAUGGGUCAAAACUUUAAAAUGGACAACGGUUUUUUGACUCUGAAGGAGUCCGGCCUUUUCCUGAUUUAUGCUCAGGUUUACUACUUGGAUUAUCACGAUAUGAAUGGCUACAGGAUCUUCAAAAACUCCGAUCCGAUUUUGCAGUGUACUACCAUGACACAUUCAGAAGGACGUGUCAUUAAAGGCAAUACCUGUUACACAUCCGGUGUCGUAUAUCUGAACGAAGGUGAUAGAUUGAGUGUAGUUGAUAUAGCUCUAGGUAGAUAUUCACUCUUCGAAAAGGACAAGAGUUUCUUCGGAGUCGUCCAAUUGUCGGACGUUAACAUGAAAUAGAUUAGAUAUUUUACCAAACCCUACUAUUUAUUCCAGUUGUUUUGUGCCAUAAUUUUAAGGCUUGGUAUUACUCGAGCUUCAAGCACAAUAUAUUAUUAAGUUCUCUUUUUUUUAAUUUUUGUUA